AAAAAGAUAUAAAACUGCAUAUCGUGUCUGGAGGUAUUAAAGCCACUGUAGCUCUGCGAAAGAGACAAACGAACUAGUGAGGCCCGUGCUUAUCACAGGAAGACAAACAGAGAGCCGGAAGAUGUGGCUCUGGCAUGUGAGGGCGUUCAUCAGUGUUGUGGUUAUAGCAAGUGCUUUACCACAGCCAACAGAUGAUUCGUGGACGGAAGAGGGAAUGGAGGAGGAUCCGCCGCUGGCGGUGGGAGGGAGAGCAGUCACAUGCCCAGGCGCAUUCCAAGUCGUUGGUGACCAGUGCCUCUAUUUCGCCAUUAUCUUCCAGACCGACAGGAACGGGGCUAAACAGAUCUGCGAUUCGUUUCAAGGAAAGCUCGUAGCCAUUCGAGAAGCUACUGCUAUGAGAAAAAUAUAUGUGUAUAUAAGGAAUAAAGGAUAUACAACCAGAGGCUUUUGGAUAGACGGAUCCAGAGACACGCACGGAAACUGGAAUUUCAGCGAUAAAACCCCCCUUCCUAUGGAGACGCCCUUUUGGGGAGCUUCCGAGACAUUCAGUCUUCCCAAGAAUGGUACAGGCCUGAACUGUGCUGCGAUCACGCCCGAUUCAGGGUUUUAUAUAACGAAUGUUGAUUGCAGCAACACUAGUUUGUCACCGAUAUGUGAAGUUGCUCCCAUAAGUGAAGGAUUGGCUGACGAAAAUACAGAUGCCGAUGAAGAUUUCGCGACAGAAAUCGACUCCAUCGAUGUCACCUGCCCACCAUUCUUUGUUACCAUCCCUGGCACUUCCAUCUGCACAGCUUUUGUUACCUGGGCAAAUGUGUCCUGGGGUGACGCGCGUCAGAUCUGUCAAGGUCUGCACGGCGAUUUGUUUACCAUUAAUGACGCUGAACGGUUCAGGUCGCUCUACGAGUACUUGCAAGCGGAAGGGAUUAACAACUUCUCUUUCUGGAUCGGAGGGAUGAGAGAAAGUAAUGUCUCAUGGGUAUGGCACGAUGGAGUCCCUAUAUCCCAAGGCCCACCAUUCUGGGGACUCAGCGAUACAGAUGAUCACGUACUAGAACCAGACGGUCAAGUUGAUGAAGAGGAGGACUGUGUUGCGCUGACUUCCGAGGGAAAAUACUACUUCAGAGAUAAAAAAUGUUCAGAGGAAUACAGUCCCAUGUGUGUAGCGAUGCCCAUCGGGCAAUAGUAGACCGCUCUAAGCUGUUAUCCUUAGAUUUAAGCCUUGUGAAAUAUGUAUAACUAAAUCCGUAGUUCAAAGAUAAUUAUUUUUGUAAGCCAACAUAUGCCUGCGAGUAUGUUAUGUGAUUUCUGAGUAGGCUGCAACCAAGAGAAUGAAAACAAUGAUUGUUGUCUUUCUAAUAAAGGGAAAAACUGACAAA